CGUUUAUCAACAUUUUUGUUAACUUAAAGAAUGUCCCUUGUUGCAUAUGCCGCCAGCAGUGAUGAAGAGUCUGAAAAUGAAGACGAAGCACAAGCACAACCCAUAACAAGAAAUAUCAACAAUACAAAACCAGCUGAGACAACAAUUGCACAACAAGCGGUAGCGACAACAACUGGUCAUAUAAGUGAUGAGGACGAUGACUUUGUUCCACAGGAAGUGUCCUUACAGGAACUUAAGCCAGCUACAGGGCGAUUGACACUAUCCCUACCGAAACCCAAGGCAACAGUCGAGGUAGCGCCAGAGCCUGAGCACGAUGAGCAAGUAACAAAAGCGUUUGCCAAGCUGCCCAUGCCACGAGCAGCAACAGCUGGACGUGUUAUAGUUGAGGAAUUGGACGAUGAGUUUCUGCACAAAAAAGAACUUCCUGCUGCCGCGUUAGAGAAGCCACCAGCCCCAGCUGUAAAAGGACGUGUUAAGAUUACCAUACCAUCAUUGAGAGAUUUCUCUGAUGUCGACAAGGAGAAAGCGGAUAAAGCAAAAAACAAACCACUCCCAGUCAAGUCAAAUAAGGGCUGCGGCCUGCUAAGUAUAUUACCUCAGGCGAAAUCAGAGCGUAAUUUUGCCAAGAAACCAGAAACAGCGACGAUUAACUCAACGAAUGUGAGCAGUUCUCCGUCAACUAGCGCAGCUUCUAAGCCGACUCCAGCCUUCGUCCCUGAUAGUGUUAAACAAAGACGUGCAGCACACAAUACGGAGUGUGUUGACGGUGUAAAAGGUCAAGCUACCAAGGCAAAGAAAGCUGUGAAGCCUUUGGUUAGUGUAAGCGACAGUGACGACGAUGAAGAUGACUCUGGAGAUUUCUUCUCCCUACAUAGUAAGCAGAAGUUACCCGAGGUGAGCAGCAAUGAAAUAAGUGCAUUGGUUGCCAAGCGUGCGGCCAAAAUGGUUGAGGCCAGCAACAAAUUUCUGGCAGAAGCCAGCGAGCGCGAAGCUGCUGAGGCAGAGGCGAUACAAAUGCAAGAAGACGAAAUACGACAGGCACAAAAACGCUACCACGAUCAACAGCUGAAUUCCGAGGCAAUGGAUGCUCUGGUGGGCAAAAAUGCCAAGCGACGACGCAAGGAAGCGCAGGAAAUGCAAGUCAUUGAUAUAUCUGGCACUCAAGUGAUGCCUGAUCGCGAGGAAUGGAUGCGCACAGCUUUGGCUUCCACAACCGCUUACCAAGCAACGGGUGUUUUGACGGAUGAGGAACCGGUGGCGGGCACAAGACGUAAACAUCAAAUUACUUACCUUGCACACAAAGCCAAGGCCAACGAAGCCGAGUUGCAGGCCAUGUGGUCCGCCAACAGACAGACUCGCCGUGCCACGCAGAGUAAAUACGGUUUUUAGGUUUCCAUUGGUGUUUAUACUAUAG